CUCCUCCUCGCAGCGCUUCGGGCUGCUCUCGCAUUCGACGUCUUGAGAGCGAGAAGGAGUGGGUGUGAGUGUCCCGAGCGCUGUCGCCUCCGUUUCCAUGUCUUCGGACUGGUUCAAGCGGCGCUUCUUGAGCAGCGCAAGCGCGGCAAGGCGAGGCCCAGGCUCCCCUCAGCAGCCCCGGCUCCCGGGCGGAGAAGGAGAGCAACAGCCGCAACAACAACAACAACAGCAGCCGCCCCCUCAGCGGCCCAGGCGGCCCAAGUUCCUGCGCGGCGAGGAGAAGAGGGUGGUGGGCGAACGGCCGAUCCGCUGCCCGCCCAGAGACAGGCCCCUCCAGUGGAGGACAGGAUACGCCGAAACCAUCAAUGCAGAAAAAUCACAAUUCAAUGAAGACCAAGCAACGUGCUGUCAGAUAUCCAUCAGGAAGAGGAAAUAUGGCAAAGAGGAAGAUCAGGAAUGGUUGAUCCUGUGCUCCACUGAGUAUCUGACUGGCUAUUACUGGGCACUGUUUGAUGGUCAUGGCGGUCCAGAAGCAUCAAUGAUGGCCUCCAACUACCUGCACUAUUGCAUCAAACAGAAACUAGAAGAUGUUGUGGAGGGCAUUACUGAAGACAGGCCUCCAAUGCACCUCAAUGGGCAGUGUAUUUGUCAAAGCGACCCACAGUUUGUGGAAGAAAAGCAAAUUCGUCAGGAAGAUGUGGUCAUUGGAGCUCUGGAGAAUGCCUUCCAGGAAUGUGAUGAAGUGAUUGGUCAGGAGAUGGAAAUUACCAAUCAGUCAGGAGGCUGCACAGCACUAGCUGUACUUUAUCUGCAGGGGAAGCUCUAUGUCGCAAACGCAGGUGACAGCAGAGCACUCCUUGUUCGAAAAGAAAACUUUGUUCCUCUGAGUACUGAAUUCACCCCUGAGACAGAGAGGCAGAGAAUCCAGCAUCUGGCAUUUAUUUACCCAAAGCUCCUAGCUGAUGAGUUUACAAGGUAUGAAUUUCCAAGGAGACUGAAAGGAGAUGAUGUCGGGCAGAAGGUCCUAUACAGGGAUUACUGCAUGGAAGGCUGGGGAUACAGAACGGUGGUGAAAGAUGACCUUAAGUACCCUCUGAUCCACGGACAUGGAAAACAGGCUCGUUUGCUAGGCACCUUGGCCGUGUCCCGAGGCCUGGGAGAUCAUCAGUUAAAAGUCCUUGAAACAGAUGUUGAAAUCAAGCCUUUCCUCUCUUGCAUUCCCAAGGUAGAAGUAUUUGAUUUGACUACACAGAAUAUCGAGGAAGAUGAUGUCCUUAUCAUGGCAACUGAUGGUCUUUGGGAUGUUAUGUCAAAUGAAGACGUAGCCCAGAUUGUAAGGAAUUUUCUCCAGGACAAUACAACUGAUCCAUACAGAUUUGUUGAACUGGCCAAGACCCUGAUACAGAAAGCCAGGGGGAAGAAGGAUGGAUACUACUGGACUAUGGACAGCAACAUGCCUGCUUCCUAUGAUGAUAUUACUGUGUUUGCUAUCCCACUGUACAACAAGGAUGAACAUUAAAUGGCUUGUUACUACUGACUGAUAGACCUGCAUUUUGAAUAAGGACACCAUAUCCUGGCCUAUGGAUGCUGCUGCAGAAAAUUGCCUUCAUCCUUUGAAAACAACAUCAGUAGAAUUCACUAAUGCAACUUCUCUUGCAAUUACUCUUGAGAGUUUGGAUAUUCCUAUGCCUUAUUACGGAAAGUACUACAGUAAAAUAGCACAGCUCUCUCCCUUACAUGAGCAUUCUUAUGUUCGCAAACUUUUAUGCUUCUGUAAGUUGUAGGAAACUUUCACGUUAGCAGAAUGAAACUUCUGGAAUUAAGCUUUUUCAGUAUUAAGAAAAUGGCAUGCUGCCACAACUGUGAAAUCAUGUGGUUUUAAUCAAGUUUAAGAAAGACUUCAAUAAUAAGACUGCACAUUUCAUUUCAGAAUAAUGCACAGAUGUCUGACUUAAAAAGAAGCUUGUAGGGCGAUUGUUGGAGCAACUGAAGGAAAUGUAUAUAGUAUUUUAUCAAACAUGGCAAAGCACACAUGGUACUUAAUGUGAUGCACAGUAUUUAUACUUUUUGAACUUAUUUUAUGUUGCAUUGUUUUGUUAACAUGUACAGUUCAUUUGCAUAUUAAUUUGUGGAUUAAACUUGUUUAAUUUAUAAUACA